AUGACUUUUACAUAUGGCAUCAUCUUCGCCAGUAUUUGCUCUGGCAUUGUGUUGGUUGGGGUUUUCGCCCACACAUUGGUGUUCUACAUCUUCACCAAAUAUGUCUCGUUCCGGAAGAACCGCUUGGACAUCCUGCUGGUGAGCAUGGCCGUGGCAGAUUUCAUUGCUGUUUUGCUCGACCCCUUCCUGAUCGUGGCUGCCCUGCACUAUACCUGGCCCUUUGGAAGGUUCUUCUGCAAAAUCCUUCAGUUCCUCCUGGCGUUCUCGGUGGCUGCCAGCGCUUACUCCCUUUGCGCUGUCUCCAUCACCCGUGCCUGGGUCAUCAUGAAACCUCACAGACCCCCUGCAAUGACCCUCAGCCUGGUCCUGUUGGUCUUUGUUUGGGUCUUCAGCCUCGCUGUCGCCAUCCCGCUGCGGAUCAACGCCACAACAGGGACAGGAACUCACAAUACCACCUUCUGUGUCUCGGGUUUAUACCAGCACAAAUACAAGACCAUUCUGGCUCAGUUCGUUCUGUUUUACUUGGUACCCAUGCUGGUGAUCGCCUAUAACUACAUUCGUCUUGCAAUCUUCCUUCUGAAGAGUCCCAUGAUGUCCCUGGUUAGUUCCAGAAACACAAGGAGGGCGUCGAUCAUGAUUCUGUUUGCCACGGGCUCCUUCUCUGCGUGUUGGCUACCCAGCUACGCCUUAGAGCUCUGCCUGUAUUUAGGUGCAUGCCAUGGCGGACAGAACUGGGAAAUGCUCUUUUUUGGUUGCACAAUCCUUAAUUAUUUCUAUCCGUGUGUCAAUUCAGUUAUUUACGUUUUGGUAGCAAAGAGAUACCGUACAUGUAUUAUGGAAAUGAUUUUUAUGGGGACAUGUGAAAAAUUAACAAAUGCUCCCAAGUGA